AUGGAGAGGCAGGGGUGUCAGGUGAAGUUGUCAUGGCCUGGAGACACCUGCAUAGCUUUGGAUCUCCUCAAGGUGGCAGAUGAUGUUAAGAGAACCACUGUCAUUGACCAAACAGAUCUGCAAGGUCCUGAGUACUCAAAGCAAAAAGAAGACUACAGAGACUUCUUUAAGACAUACCAAUCUGUAACCAACAUUCUUCCAACAAAAAUUGCCUCAGAUUGCACUGGAAGGACCUUUGCAGCGAAGAAAAAACACAAUUACCUCGCACGAUAUUUGAAGUUUGGGACACUAGUAGCUCUCGUGGCGGUUUUCCUGCUCUUUGGUUCGUUUGGUAUUCGGUACUACUGGAAACAGAGGGAGAGCAAGGUUUAUGACUUCUUCUACCGGAUAAACAUCAACGGGACUAUCAAAGAAAGUUUAAUGAAGAUUGAUGCUAGAAACAACUUUGAGACCUUCACAACAGGAAAUAGUAGUGAGGAGUCUGUGGAAAUCCAUGAUUUUAAAACUGGACUAACAGGGAUACGGUUCGCUGGAGGAGAAAAAUGUUACAUCAAAAGCCAAAACAAAAUUAUUCUUCCCAAUACUGCGCCCAUCAAGAAUGAUGAAGAAUUGAUUAGUUUGCAAGAUGAAAUUACGCCAGUGAAGUUUGAUGAGUCUCUUGUUUGGGUGGCAGCUGAACAACCAAUUAAGGACCAACAUUUUCUACUGAAUUCAAAAGUCCUGGAAGUAUGUGGAAAUCUUCCUAUUUAUUGGCUUCGUCCAUCAUAUUUGAAAGACCCAGGAUUUUAUGAUUUUGGAGAACCAGAGGAUGCUGAAGAAGAUGCACUCACUGUUGAAUUGGAAAAGAAACCCAACAGAAAACGUCCAUCACGCUCCGUGAAUGACUAUAGGGCGUAUGGGUUCGACUUCGAUCCUUUGCUUGACCAUCAUGGAUUCUGUUGUGCUGAAUGUCACCGUGGACACCAACAUUGCCAGCGAGUCUGUGAACCUCUUGGUGGCUAUAUGCCAUAUCCUUACUACUACCGAGGUUGCCGCGUUAUCUGUCGGAUUAUCAUGCCAUGCAAUUGGUGGGUUGCACGCAUGCUAGGGAGGGUAUAAAACACAUGUGUCAGCAAACUGGAAUGCCUAUUCAAGCCUCUUUAGUUCUCUCUCCUUCAAAGUGCCCAAGUCUUUGUAUCCAGCCAUCAACAAUUUUAAAAUUGUCAGUUAAUGGUUCUAUUAAAACAAAGAAUU